AUAGACCACAAUAAACACACAUAUGACACAGUGCAGCAGAAAGACCCCAUUGAUAUAUCACAUCCCAUACCACACACUGUCCACCACACAGGCAUAAUGCAGGCACAAGACAAAGAGAGCAGAGAUACAUCACAGGUUCAGAUGCAGACAGGUGACUUGAGCAGGAAUUUCACAUUGGAGUCUUCUGGUGGUACUCAGCAGCAGACUGCUGUUUUGGGUGACUCUGGCGAGCUUGUUUCAGGCUAUACAAACAAAGAAAAUGAAAGUGGAAAUCUCCAGCAGAUAACAGCUUCCAUUGUACAUCUUGGUUCAACCACAACCCAAGUACAACCCAAGCCUAAAAGGCAAAGACUUAGAUGGAACUCAGAGGCACUGACAGUAUUAGAAGAUAGCCUUGGCCCUCUAUUUGCUCUGGAUGGUCCCUUACCUGGAUCUGACCGCCUAGAGCACAUUAGAAAUAGUACGCAAGUUUUACAGAAAUAUAGUGUACAGCAAAUAUAUCAAAAGCUCUUUAAGAUGAUUAACAAAAAGAAAAAACAAGAAGCGAGUAAGACAUUUGGACAGAACUAAAGCUAAGGAAACUUAGCUAAGGAAGCUUUCCCAUCCACAGCAACAGAAAAUAUUGGCUUGUGACAUUAUUGCAUAUGUAAACAUUUUUAUAUCACUUUUAUGGAUGCUUUAAUUUUGUGAAUGGAUGUUUUAAAUACAUUGUGAAAUAUUUUAGGAAAAUUUUGAGUAUACUGAUAGCCACUCAGUAGUUGAACUGUUAGAUAAUGAGACUAUGCUAACAACCUAAGAAUCUCAAAUAUAUACAUAAUGAUUUCAGUUUUAAAUGAACGGUAAUCCUGAUUAAAUGUGGUUGUAGGUGCUUUAAUCAUCUAUUUGACUUUUGUUCAAUGAUAUAUGUAUUAUUCUAAACUGUUUUUAUUUAAAAACGAAACAGGAUAUGGAAACAAAGAUGUUUUAAGGCUGUAUUAAUACAUACAAAAUUAACAGAGUAAUAAGUGCUAUAGCUUCAUUAAAAUGCAGUUAACUUGGCGUUAAAUAAGACAGAGGGGGUGCCUCGAGAUUAAAUAAAUUUGUGAAUUUCUGUUAUGCAAACAUUCCUACAUAGUGAGGGUGUAGUUACUGUCGUGCAAUGACUAGACCGAACAAUUGUUUUCAGCUUUUUUUCUAAAGCUUUUUCCUACUUUUGAUAUAUACAUUUGCUGAACUUGUGUGAAAGAUAUUUUUUUUUUUUUUUUUUUUUGUACAAAGGAGAAAUAAGUUUUUUGUGAG